UUCGAACCCAAAGCUUUGUCCUUCUCAAAAACUUUCCUAAAAUUUGAUUUGAGCAUCCGACGACCAGUGAAGACGACGGCUCCUGAACUGUACAGUGCGCCAACAUGGUGUUAAAACAAAUGAAUUUUCAAUUCCCCCUUUUUGGGAUUUGGUUAUCUACCUACUGCCAUUACCACUACAUUUUGAUUCUCUCUCUCUCCUUUCUUCUUCUUCUUCUUCUUCUUCUUUACUGUUUUUGUUUUAAUGGCAUCUCUUUCAGUCAGAGAAAUGGGAUUUUAAAACCCUUUUUCCCAAUAACUGCCCACAUGAUUCGUAUGCUCUCUGUGUUUUUGUGCAUUUCUUUGCGCAUAGAAAAAGUCCUUUCUGUUUCAAAUUUUCAAUCCCCAAAUCCAAAAUCACACUCUCUUUCGUCGUUUUGAAUCCACAACACGACACCCAUCUCUCUCUUUCUCCAUAUCUUCAUGAAAUCCUUGAAAAAAUUAAAGUAAGGAUAAUAUGAAGCCUCUUCUUCCUGUCUCCUUUCUUCUUUUUCCUUCUGUUCUUCCUUUUCUGCGAUUUCAAAUCCCCUCUGUUUUGGUGGGUGCUUCUUCUUUGGAACUACUACAACAGUCUCCUUCUCCCAUUUCUCCAGUUUUGGAUUCAAUGACUGCUUCAUCUCCAGGAAUUCCGAAGGGAAUGGAGAAUCUUACAAGCGAUACCCACAAGAAAAUGCUGAUUGCUCUUAUCGUUUGUGCUUCAUUGGGUGCUGUCUUAGUGGUUUCACUGUUUUUGUGGAUUUAUCACAGAAGAAACUCCCCUAACUUCCAUAAACGAAACGUUCGGAGCUCAGAUGCUGAGAAGGGUAUUGUUGGGUUAGCUCCAAUUUUGCGUAAAUUCAGCUCAAACAAAAUGAUGGGUAACAAUAAAGUAGCUGUUCCACUCAUUGAUUACGAGGUGCUGGAAAAAGCCACCAACAUUUUCGAGGAAAGUAACAUUCUAGGGGAGGGUGGAUUUGGAAGGGUUUACAAGGCUCGUUUAGAAGAAAACUUAUACGUCGCGGUAAAGAAACUUGAAUGUAACGAUAAGGAUUCAGAGAAAGAAUUUGAGAAUGAAGUUGAUUUAUUGAGCAAAAUUCAUCACUCAAACAUCAUUCGCCUUCUGGGUUACACCAUUCAUGGGGAAUCAAGGCUUCUUGUGUAUGAGUUAAUGGAAAAUGGAUCACUAGAGACACUGUUACAUGGGCCUUCACAUGGAGAGGCAUUAACAUGGCACAUGCGCAUGAAGAUUGCUCUUGAUGCAGCUAGAGCAUUAGAAUAUCUGCAUGAGCACUGCAAGCCAGCAGUAAUACAUAGAGAUCUGAAAUCCUCCAAUAUUCUUUUAGAUGCAAACUUCAAUGCUAAGCUUUCUGAUUUUGGCUUGUCUGUAAUUGUUGGAGCACAAAACAAGAAUGAUAUAAAGCUUUCUGGAACGAUGGGUUAUGUUGCUCCAGAAUAUCUUUUAGAUGGUAAGUUGACUGAUAAAAGUGAUGUCUAUGCUUUUGGCGUUGUGCUUUUGGAGCUUCUCUUAGGGAAAAGGCCUGUUGAAAAACUGGCACCAUCUCAAUGUCAAUCCAUUGUCACAUGGGCUAUGCCUCAGCUCACUGAUAGAUCAAAGUUACCUGAUAUCGUUGAUCCAGUGAUUAGAAACACAAUGGAUCCGAAACACUUAUUUCAGGUUGCUGCUGUCGCUGUGCUAUGCGUGCAACCAGAACCGAGCUAUCGUCCCCUAAUAACAGACGUCUUGCACUCUCUUAUUCCUCUCGUUCCUGUUGAGCUUGGAGGGACUCAUAGAUCAUCAACAUCACAAGCUCCUGUGGCUCCAGCUUAG